UUCCUCACGUCAUUGCACCUCGGCGUGGACUCGCCGAACAACUGCUGAACCUCUUUCUCUCACACACACACACGGACUACACGCGGACUACACGCUCACACACACAUACUGGCACACGGAAACGGCUAUCAACCAAAGGAUUUGUGCGUGUGUGUUCUGUGCUGUGUGUUGUGUGUUGACACAAUCUUUGGGACUUCUCUUGCGGUGAUUUCUUCCUUUUUUUCCCACACAAAACACACCACACUCUCACACACACACACUCACACCGGCACGCAAACAUCCCCACUCAACACACACACUCAAAACACACACACAUACCGUACACACACACACAUCGUGUGGCUCAACAGAAGACCGAAGACUAAAGCAGUAAAAAGCCUUAAAAUCAAAACACACACACACACACACACACACACACACACACACACAUCGGGCGGCGCAACAGAAGACCGAAGCCUGCAGUUAAAAGCCUUAAUACCAAAAACACACACUACCACCACCACCACCACCAGCACCACCAGUGAUGGCCAUGGUGGGUGGCGGGGGAUGGGGGACCGCCAACGGGGACAGCAACGGACUCGGAGGGGGCAAGGGAGGCUACCUGCGGGGCGGUGGGGGGGAGGACGACGGCAGCUCGCCCCAGGGGGGCGGUGGGGGGGGCUCGGACGCUGGGGACGCGGGGGACGCGGACGACAAGUCGUGCGUGGUGGACUGCGUGGUGUGCGGAGACAAGUCGAGCGGGAAACACUACGGAGUCUUCACCUGUGAGGGCUGCAAGAGUUUCUUCAAGAGGAGUAUACGCCGCAACCUCAACUACACAUGCAGGUCAAACCGAGACUGCCAGAUAGACCAGCACCACCGUAACCAGUGCCAGUACUGCCGGCUGAAGAAGUGCUUCCGUGUCGGCAUGCGUAAAGAAGGUAGCAUCCGCACCGCUCACCAAGCGGUGCAGCGAGGUCGCAUCCCUCCAUCCCACGCGGGCAUCAGCCCCAACUCCCUGGUGGGCGUGGCCGGAUUGGGCAGCACGGGCGCCAGUGGAGGAGGAGGAGGCGGAGCCGGACACGGCCUGGUGGGCGGAGACUUCUUUAACGGGCAGCCGGUGUCCGAGCUCAUCUCGCAGCUGCUGAGGGCCGAGCCCUACCCGGCCAGCUCCCGCUACGGCACCCCCUACGGGCAGCAGCCGGGAGGACAGCAGGGUUCAGUCAUGGGCAUUGACAACAUCUGUGAGCUGGCAGCCCGGCUGCUGUUCAGCACCAUCGAGUGGACGCGGAACAUCCCCUACUUCCCUGAACUGCCCGUGUCAGAGCAGGUGGCGCUGCUGCGUCUGAGCUGGAGCGAGCUGUUCAUCCUGAACGCGGCCCAGUCUGCGCUGCCCCUCCACAUGGCGCCGCUGCUGGCGGCCGCCGGCUUCCACUCCUCCCCGAUGUCCGCCGACCGCGUGGUCUCCUUCAUGGACCAGGUGCGCGUCUUCCAGGACCAGGUGGACAAGCUGACGCGGCUACAGGUGGACUCGGCCGAGUACAGCUGCCUCAAGGCCAUCGCCCUCUUCUCUCCAGACGCGUGCGGCCUCUCGGACCCGGUGCACGUGGAGAGCCUGCAGGAGAAGGCGCAGGUGGCCCUGACGGAGUACGAGCGCAUGCAGUACCCGAGCCAACCGCAGCGCUUCGGACGCCUGCUGCUGCGUCUGCCCGCCCUGCGUGCCGUGCCAGCCUCGCUCAUCUCGCAGCUCUUCUUCAUGCGGCUGGUGGGCAAGACGCCCAUCGAGACGCUCAUACGAGACAUGCAGCUCUCCGGCAGCUCCAUCAGCUGGCCCUACGCCCCCGGCCAAUGAGGUGCGGGGGUUCCUACGCUCCCGUCCAAUAAGGUGAGGGGACCGGGGCGGGACAUCCCCCGGACCGGGCCAAUAAGGUGUGGGGGCGGGACAUCACCAGCCGGGCCAAUAAGGUGUGGGGGCGGGACAACACCUGGCCAAUAAGGUGCUGGGGCGGGACAUCACCUGGCCAAUAAGGUGUGGGGGUCCCACCAACUGGCCAAUGAGGUGGGAGGGUACUACGCACUUGGCCAAUUAGGUGUUUGGGCUCUGACUCAGAUGGACAAUAAAGUGUAGGGAACUGACAUCGCCUGGCCAAUAAGAUGUGGGAAGCGGACAUCCCCCCGCCAAUUAGGUGUGGGGGCCUGACUCAUCUGGCCAAUAAGGUUUGGAGGCCUGUUCCUGGCCCGACCCCCCUGGCCAAUACACUUUGAGGCGUACUACGUACUCGGACAAUAAGGUGUGGGGGGUGGACAUCAUCUGACCAAUAAGGUUUGGGGCCUUACUGAACUGGACAUUGAAAUGUGUGUGUGUGUGUGGUUCACACAUUGACAGUGCCCCCUACCAGCUGGCCACGAAGAUGUGGCUUGUAAAGACAGUGUCUUAAAUACCUGGAUUUUGCUCACCUGGCCAAUAGAGCUGAGCCCAACACACCUGCACUGGAUUUACCUGGGCCAUACACACCUGAACUGGACUUACCUGGGCCAUACACACCUGAACUGGAUUUACCAGGGCCCUCAAGUCCUGAGUCCUGAGCCCUACACACCUGGCUGGAAGACCUGCGCCCUACACACCUGGACAAUAGACCUGAAUGGGCUCCACAGACAUGUCAGGCCAGUGAGGGCUUGUGCGUUACUGUACACACCUCACCUCUCAGUCUCCGGUGUCCUGCAUCAUCUGAUGUCACACCCACCUGCCAACCUCCAUCAUGCGACUGCAAGUACUUCAGCCCCCCUGCAAACUACCAAGAAUGGACCCCGAACGAAAAAAGAGGGCCUAAUAUCAUGUGGAGGGGGCCCGUUUCUUCAAGUCAAGGGCCCAUGUGGGCCCCCCGCGUCGUGUGGGCCCCACUGCCUGGCGGGGGCUGCGGGGGUUAUAUUAAACUUAACGCCCCUCCUCCAGGCCAACCUGCUGUCCACCUGCCCCCAGGACGGCUCAUCCCAAAGACCAGAGCAGACCAGACCACACAAAACCAGGGGUGCAUUUCUCGAAACCAAAGUUGCUUACUACAUUAGCUACUUCGUUGUUUUCAAUGCAUUUUUCCAUUGAGAACUACCGAAGUUGCUAACAGGCUAACAACUUCCCUUUUGAGAAACUCACCCCAGGGGUGCAUUUCUCGAAACCAAAGUUACUUACUACAUUAUCUACUUUGUUGUUUUCAAUGCAUUUUCCCAUUGGCAACUACCAAAGUUGCUAACAGGCUUUCUUUUGAGAAAUGCACCCCAGAACAGACCAGACCAGACCAGGCCAGACUAGACCGGCCAGGUGGCUACAGGACUCAAGCUCCAAGACUUGAUGCUGGUUUAGGGAUUUGCCAUACCCUGUUUAUUUAGUUCUGUAGUCUGUUGGGUGCUGGUCCUCUGUUAUCUUGAUUAAUGUUUGGAGAUCACAAGUCAGUCAGGCCUCACGGAAUCACACCACCACGAGACUGUUGUUGUCUGUGUAUUGGGCCUGGAUCAGGCUGCUGGUCUCAAAUCGAAUCAGCAUCACACCACCAUGAGACUAUUGUCGUCGCCUGUGUAUUGGGCCUGGAUCCACUGGCACUGCCUUGCUACCUCGACCAAAAACUGGACUUCUUUUUUGUCUCUCUCCACUACAGGGAGGGCAUUCAACUUUAUUGUUGUUUUAUUGACCGUUUGUUUGUUUGUUUGUUUGAUUGCUUGUUUGUUUGUUUGUUUGUUUUUUGAGUAUCUGAACUUUUCCAUGGGAGACUUGUGCAGGUUUUUGUUUGGCUGUAUUAUUCAGUUGCUGCAGCCUUUCUGCACAGUACCCAUCGGGAGAUGACAGUAACUCUCAGUAAGUGUGUAGACGACUUCUAAAACAGUGUAAAAGCUUUGUUUGUAUGUACAAGUCAGUCACCCUGUUGUUCAAUACCUCAAAUGACGAUUAUAAAUACAGUAUAUACACCAGAUUUUAUGAAUGAAAAGUGGACAGGUACGAUGUUGUCGAAGACCUUGAGUUUAGAAAUACGUAGAAACCCUUCAGCGUUUUGAAGGGAUGACCAAAAGGGAUUCAACAUGUUGGUUCACCAGACCUGCAGCAUUUUGAUUGUGAAAGUUUAAGACACUUUUUGAAAAACGAAAUAUAUUAGAUUUUACGUGCUGUGUGGAUUUUUUUGGGUGUUUAUCCACUGAAAUUCGCACUGGGGAGGGGGAUGCCAGAUGCAUUUUUGUAAGACAUAUUGCCAGAGGUGUCAAAAGUUAAAGUAAAAGUAAAAAUAAUUUAAAAAAUCUGUUUCCUUCCAACACAGCUAACUUAUCUGAGUAACCAGCAGAUCUGUGUACAUGUCUUACGAUCACUGGCUUAACGCAAGUACUUCAGGACCCCCUGCAAGCUACCAAGAAUGGGCCCCCGAAUGGAAAAAGUGGGCCUAAUAUCAUGUAGAGGGGGGCCUGUUUCUUCAAGUCAAGGGCCCAAGUGGGCCCCCCGCCUGGAAUGGGCCCCCCUGCCUCGCGGGGGAUGCAGGGUUAGGCUUUAUGCCCCUGCUUACGAUCAGUUAACUCUGCACUGGUUGGAUCAAGUUUGUGGUGGGUCCUUGUUAGGUUUUUAGUGUUUUUCAGUAACUACACAGUCCAUCUCUCUCAUUAGGUACAAUGGAGUACAUGGUGUACACAGAGGCGAUUCUAGGGUCAGGUGGGGCCCCAAGCGAAAAUGAUAAAAAAGAGCAUUUGUACCAAAAUCGCCACGACUGUGGUAAAAUGUGGGCUGUUAUUCACUAUCUAGGGGCUUGGGGGGCCCAAGCGGCUGCCUGCCUUGCCUAGUCGCAAGAUGCACCUCUGGGUUCACAGCUAUGUAACAUCAUAUGCUAGUGUUGUAUUUACACCAUGAAUUUACUUUUACUUUUACUUUUGACACCUCUGUAUAUUGCCAUGGACUGCAACACUGUCAAAGUUGAGGAGGAGAUGCCACAAGUCUAACUGUAAGAUACAGAUAGGCUGGCCAAGUGAUGCAAAUGACACAAUGACAUGAAUGCAAACCUUACAUGAUCUCAGUAUUUUAAAUGUGUAGUUAAAAGUCAUUUUUUAUCAACAAAAGUUCAGUUUGAAUGUUGCGGAAUUUCAUAUUGCCAACCAUGGAAAAUAGUAGAUAUUUUUGCAUACUACUACCAAUAAAAAAUAUGUCCCAAGCUUUUGUGGAGGAUCAUU